AUGAAUAUAGGCAUAGGUAAAGGAAAGGUAUGGUCAAAGGCAAUCACAGUGGUUGUUUCACCCAGAGCUGGAGUAGACUCACUCAUAGCAAAUACAUUGGUUAUUGAUAUGGAUGAGACUGAUCUCCCUAACGCGCUACAGCACCACUACACUAUAGAUAAGUAUAUUGGCAGCGGGAACACUGGUAGAACGUUCCCAUCAGGCAACAACGGAAGACCUGGGUACGGCAGAAGCAACAACGGAAGACCUGGGUACGGCAGAAGUCUUUCCAGAGCCAGGGACCGGCAUCGAAGAGAUUCUCACAGCUGGGAAGAGUGUCUGAUGCUCCAUCGAGACCAAGGAUGGUCAAGCGGUUUCCCCAGAGAUUUUAUCAUUAAUGCAACCUUCAUUUUGCUCAUUCAUGGAGUUGUAUUCAGUACCUCUAAGAAAUAUGAUUAUCCGCCGUUAGUCAGUAAUGUGGGUUGGCUUGGAUUACUUAGUGUUCUAAUAACCUUACUUCUGCUCGCCGCUGGCGCACCUCUCCUAACUAUUGCCUAUUUAUUCUGGAAUAAUCUUUUUAGGAGGGACAAUUUUACAUAUUUCUGCCAAAUCCUUCUAUUAUUAAGUGCGGCUGGUACCAUUUCGAUGUGUUUCGAUUCUUCCGAACAAGAGAGAUUUGAUGCUUUUAAAUUCAUUGUAUUAAUUCCACUUCCUACUCGCAGUAUGCUCUUUAUGAUCUCGACUUAUGAUUCAAUUGCCAUGUAUUUAGCUAUUGAGCCUCAAAGUUUAUGUUUUUAUGUGAUCGCAGCAUCAAAAAGAAAGUCUGAAUUUUCCACGGAAGCCGGCUCGAAAUAUUUGAUCUUAGGUUCAUUUUCCUCUGGAAUAUUAUUGUUUGGGUACGACCGGACAACUACCGAUAUCUAUUAAUAUCUUUUCUUAGAAU